AUGAACCGCGUCGGCAAAGUAGUGCCACCGAAGCGCGAAAUUUUAAAGGACAUAUCCCUGUCUUUCUUUCCUGGCGCAAAAAUCGGUGUAUUGGGCCUUAACGGCGCUGGUAAAUCUACCUUGCUACGUAUUAUGGCCGGUGUCGAUACCGACUAUAGCGGUGAAGCUCGACCAAUGCCUGGCAUUAAAGUGGGCUACCUGUCACAAGAGCCAGAGUUGAAUCCGGAUAAAGAUGUAAAAGGCAAUGUGGAAGAAGGCUUAAGCGAAGCGUUGGAUGCACUGACAGGCCUAGAGCAAGUGUAUGCUGAUUACGCUAACCCAGAUGCAGAUUUUGACAAACUGGCAAAGCAACAAGAGCAGUUUGAAAAUGUUAUUCAGGCAUGGGAUGCCCACAACCUGCAACACAAAAUGGAUGUAGCUGCGGAUGCACUGCGGUUGCCACCUUGGGAUUCGGAUGUGACAAAACUUUCCGGCGGUGAACGCCGUCGCGUGGCACUGUGCCGUUUGCUGCUUUCGCGCCCAGAUAUGCUGCUGUUGGAUGAACCCACCAACCAUUUGGAUGCGGAGUCUGUGGCUUGGCUGGAACAUUUUUUGGUGGAUUUUAAUGGCACUGUGGUAGCCAUUACCCACGACCGCUAUUUUCUCGACAAUGCCGCGGGCUGGAUUUUAGAAUUGGAUCGUGGCCACGGCAUCCCUUACGAAGGCAAUUACACCAGCUGGCUGGAACAGAAAGAUGCUCGUUUGACAUUAGAAGAGCGCACCGAAGGGUCGCGUCAAAAAGCCAUUAAACAAGAGUUGGAAUGGGUACGCCAAAACCCCAAGGGGCGUCGCGCUAAAAACAAAGCGCGUCUGGCACGUUUUGAUGAGAUGAAUUCCAAAGACUUCCAAAAACGUAACGAAACCAAUGAAAUUUAUAUUCCACCGGGCGAGCGGCUUGGCGAUAAGGUUAUCAAUUUUGAAAAUGUCACCAAAAGCUACGGCGACCGCACACUGAUGGAAAACCUGAGCUUCUCGGUCCCAAAAGGCGCUAUCGUUGGUAUUAUUGGCGCUAACGGUAUGGGUAAAUCCACUCUGUUUCGCAUGAUUACCGAACAGGAACAACCCGACAGUGGCAAGAUAGAUAUGGGAGAAACCGUACAAAUUGGUUUUGUCGAUCAAAGUCGCGCCAAUUUAGAUGACAACAAAACUGUGUGGGAGGAGGUAUCUGGCGGUCAUGAUAUGCUGCAAAUCGGCAACUACGAAGUCAACUCCCGCGCUUAUCUUGGCCGCUUCAACUUUAAGGGAACCGACCAGCAAAAACGGGUGGGCGACCUAUCCGGCGGUGAACGUGGCCGCUUGCAUUUAGCCAACACGUUAAAGCAAGGCGCUAAUGUAUUGCUGUUGGAUGAACCUUCAAACGAUUUGGAUGUAGAAACCUUGCGAGCUUUGGAGGAAGCACUGCAAACUUACCCCGGCUGCGCCAUGGUUAUUUCUCACGACCGCUGGUUUCUCGACCGCAUCGCCACUCAUAUUCUGGCUUAUGAAGACGAUGGUUCUAUUGAGUUUUUCGAAGGCAACUACAGUGAAUACCACGAUGAUUUGAUAAGCCGCAAAGGUGAAGACGCUCAACCCCAUCGCAUUAAAUACAAAAAAUUAAAAGACUGA